UGGAGACAAGUUGAGGUGGGGUUUGUCCAUAAGGAUGGAGGGGAGUGAAAGUCGUGGUACAAAUGUAGCAAUGCAAUUCUCAGAAGUAUUGCUCCACAUCCAGAUUACUGCGUCAUUUCCUCUUAUGACAAAUCUGAGGUUAGACUUAAAAAGUUUUUGCGCGGCGCCGAUCAUGAGUAGUUACUGCCGAACGAGCCGGUGUCACCACAUGCAUGAUGCCAGGUCAUAGUUACCAUCUGGUCCCAAGUGCUCAGCAAGCUGUAGCUUUGUGGUUGGUUCUGCUGGUCUACAUCAGUAGGGCUGCUGCAUCUGGCAGCAAAGCAAACUCUGAUUUACUGAAGAGCAUUUCUCUUGCUGAUCUAAUGAGGAAGGACGCUGGGGAACUCCGCAGAACAUAUAUCAGAAGCCAAGGGGAUUUCACGAAGUCGUUCUGUCAAACGCAUGUGGAUAACGCACCAGAUCCCGAGAUUACUGGUUUCGAACCUGCAGAAAAACUUCAAAGUAUAUGCACCAAACUCAAACUGUUCCAAGAACACCUCGCUGCGGUCAGAGAGCAGCAAAUACAGCUUCAGGAGCCCUCCAACUCAUUGCUCAGCAAGUUGAGGAACGCUCAUGAGCGCUUGGGCGACCUGGCAUCGACUGUCAACAUGGCCCUGCAGUGUCUGAAGCCCAACGAGCUCAUCACGGUGGGGUCCAUAACCAACUCACCAAGGAAUACCUUCCAGCAGAAAGUAUAUGGCUGUGUGGUUCUGACAAGGCACAAGGAAUUCCUGUCUCGAGUUUAUCAUGAGCUAAAGAACCUCAGGAACACAGUUGAAAGAUGAACUUCAGGAAGAGUUCUCAUAUAGCUCCAGUGGACAAUUUUGGGUUCCGUUAUUAUAUGCCUAUUAUAUGCCUAUAAACCAAAGACAGCAGAUGUUAUACAUUUUUGUAUACAUAUUUAUUUUAUUUAAUUAUUAAUUUAUUAAUGUGACUGGUCACUAUAUACUGUUCCAAUUACAUUACUGCUGGCAGUCAUUAAAGGUGCGACUUCCUUUCUUUUAUAAAAGAGCUCUCAUCUGUUUUGUUACAAUAUGACCCACGAACCACCCUCUUCCACAAUAUUAAAUUUAAACCUGUUUAUUUUGAUAUAUCAUAAUUAUGCAUUACAAUAGGAAUGAGCUGGUGAGUCAUAUAGACACAAGGGGGCACUGUUUUCUCUAGGACAAAAUAUAG